AGAGUUGCAGUGCCAUCCACUUACCUGUGAUCAGCACCGCCUUUUGAUCCACAGGUAAAAACUCGUGGCCAGAUAAGUAAGCAUACAUGAGGAAACAGGACAGGGGGAAGAGGACCCAGCCCCAGAAGAGGGACAGGCUGAGCAGGUCCAGUGAGCUCCUGACUGCCACCUAUGGACUCCCGCAAAUCCCCGAAGGAAACGGUCCUUAUUACAGGAGGAGGUGGCUAUUUUGGUUUCCGCCUAGGCUGUGCUCUGAACCAGAAAGGAUUCCACGUGAUUCUCUUUGACAUCAAAAGCCCUGCUCGUCCCUUGCCAGAGGGAGUCAAGUUUAUACACGGAGACAUUCGCCACCUCUGUGAUGUGGAGAAAGCCUUCCAGGAUGUGGACAUUGCAUGUGUGUUCCAUACCGCCUCUUACGGCAUGUCGGGGCGGGAGCAGCUGAAUCGAAGCCUGAUUGAAGAAGUCAACGUCGGGGGCACAGACCACAUCCUCCAGGUUUGCAGGAGGAGAGGGGUGCCAAGGUUAGUUUACACUAGCACUUUCAAUGUCAUCUUUGGAGGUCAAGUUAUCAGAAAUGGAGAUGAAUCUCUGCCUUACCUACCUCUUCACCUCCAUCCUGAUCACUACUCUCGGACCAAAUCUAUUGCAGAAAAGAAAGUGCUGGAGGCCAAUGGUGCUACCCUGGUAAGAAGUGAUGGUAUCUUGAGAACCUGUGCUCUGAGGCCGGCUGGCAUCUACGGGCCUGGAGAACAAAGGCACCUUCCCAGGAUAGUGAGCUACAUUGAGAGGGGUCUCUUCAAGUUUGUGUAUGGGGAUCCUGGGAGCCUCGUUGAAUUUGUCCACGUGGAUAACUUGGUCCAGGCUCACAUUCUGGCCUCAGAGGCCCUGACAGCUGCCAAGGGCCACGUGGCCUCUGGGCAGCCCUACUUCAUUUCGGACGGCAGACCCGUGAACAACUUUGAGUUCCUCCGGCCUCUGGUUGAGGGCCUGGGCUACAGGUUCCCAUCCAUCCGCCUGCCCUUGACCCUCAUCUACUGUUUUGCUUUCCUGACAGAAAUGGCUCACUUCCUUUUUGGUAGGGUCUACAACUUCCAGCCCUUCCUCACCCGCACAGAAGUUUACAAAACUGGCGUCACACAUUACUUUAGUCUAGAGAAGGCCAAGAAGGAGCUGGGUUACGAGGCUCAGCCAUUUGACCUCCAGGAAGUAGUCGACUGGUUUAAGGCACAUGGCCAUGGCAGAAGUCCUGGGGGUCAUGCCUCCGGGUGUCUUGUUUGGGAUGGGCUGACGGUCUUCCUCUUGGUCAUAGUGGUUCUCAUAUGGCUGCCUUCUCCUGUGGCUCGAUCACUCUGAAGGAGCUAGAAACACCGAUCGGAUCACACUUGGUGAGAUGGUUUUCAAGAAACACAGUAUUAAACAAUGUAUCUAUCUCUAUCUAAAUAAAUCUACAUCAAUAUCUAGAUAGUUAGAUACAAAUGGAUACCUGGUAGCAAAUCUUGGCUCCUCAAAUUGCUACUUAAUAGAUUCUUGGAAGGGCACUUGGGUGACUUAGUCGACUCUUGAUCUCGGCUCAGGUCGUGAUCUCACGGUUUGUGAGCUCGAGUGGCAGGGAGACUGCUUGGGAUUCUCUUUCUCCUUCUCUCUCCCCACACCCCACCUCAAAAUGAAUCAAUAACUUAAAAAAAAAAGAAAAGAAAUAAAAGAACAGAUUCUUGGAUGAAGUCUUCAUUUCUUACCUUCUUGGACCAAACAAACCAUGAUAGGAGAAAAAAAGAAGCAAAGAUCAGUUUGAGAUGCGGUUUCUUGUGUUUUCCUCCUUUUGAUGGGUACAAUAGAAGUCAUUUUGCAGCCACAGAGCGAGAUGAGGAAAAUUGGAAAUGUCUUGAGUUUCUCAGAAGUCAAAAAUGUACUUACUUCUGUCCUCUACUAUCUCUAUCCAGUUACAGUAGACUAAAAUGUGCACUGAUACAGGAGUGGCAAAACACUAACAGGCUUGAAAAUGUGUGAAAACCACCAAAUUGGGUCAGAUCCCUACAGACCAACCCUCUGAGGAAGUGGAAGCUUUUGAGAGACAUAUUAGCCAUUCAUUCCUGUAGUUUUUAGGAAUUACUCUUUGCCCUUUAUGAUAUAAGGGCGUUACACCUGUGUGAUCACAUGGUAAGGUUUGAUUUUUAAACAAAUAGAACUGUGUCUUCCCUCAUAGGAUUCUUUUGAGGAUUAAAUUAGACAAGACGUAUCAAGUGCCACUCAACACACACAAGUCAUUAUUUUAAUUAAUAUCGUUGCCAUACAUUCCUGAUACAAACCCUUAUGAGGGUUUUCUUCCUCAGGGGAGUUCUGUUCAGAGGUGUUAGUGUUCUGUUAGUGCUAUCGCUCUAACCUUUCUGGAAUGUCUUUGGGGUAAGCCCCUCAGAGUCUGUAACCAGCACGUUUGCAUAUGCUCAGUGUUUGUAAAGUUUUGGUCUCUGAGCAUAGAGUAACAUUUAGGAAAUGGCUAAAAAUCCGAUUAAGGAAGAUGGUCAAGGGAAUGAUGCUAUUUGUAAUUUAAAAAUGAAACAUAACUCUGAACUAAUAGACUGCUUUU